UCCGCAAGCGUUCCCGGAAGUAUCGCGAUGUUGCGUCUCUAGGUUUAGAAACUGUGCUAGUACACUGCUUAAUAUCUAUGGUGGAAAACGCCAUAUUUUCGAAAUGGCAUAUCUCGAGUUCAAGUUUGAGGACGAAAUAACUAAAUACAUUCGGGAACAAGAAUUGGAAACGUCACUGAAAUUCAUAACAUUGAGAAAGGACAAAAGUUUUGGGCAAAAGGAUGCACAGCCUUUGGCACGGAAAAAACUCAGCUGGGAGAGUAAAAGUAUCCCGUUCAAUGGUGUUCCGUUUCAAGUUGUUGGCACAAAGACGUAUGAAUGCCACCAGGGCAAAGACAGACAGACAAAAGCCAAAGAGAGAUAUGCUGCUGAAAGAGACAAGAAGGAACUUGAAGACCAUACCUUUCUACAGAAACGGAAACUGGUACAAAAUACCAAAAAAGUGGACUGCAAGGCUAUAAUAAACAUCGCCCACAUUAUUCGCUUUCCUGAUUUUAAGAUUGAGGAAAGUACAGUGUGCUCUAAAAAGGAGGCCUCCCAAACUCUGAAGGCAGCACUAAGUGAAACACCCAGCUCCGUGAAGGCAGAGGUUGUCUACUGCGUCAGGUUCCCCUCCCUCUCUGAGCACAGCUCACAUGCAGUUGUUGGCGAGGCAGCUCAUGUUAGGGAAGCUGUAGAUGCCAGGCUGAGAGAGAAGAUUGAGCAGCUGACUCUGUCUGGUGUGAGAAAGAUGACUGAAAUGAAGUGUCAUCUGAACACCUUUGUAGUGGAAGAGCUUUUCCACGGAGAGCAGCCCCCUCCACCUACUCGCAGGCGCUAUUACCCCACUGACAGUGACAUAAGAAAUGUCAUGUUUAAGACCAAGCGGGCCACCGGAGACUCCAACAUUGACCGUCCAUACGAAGGUCCACCUGGAAGAGGAAAGAAGAGGUCCUCUAGGAAGCUGUUGCGGUUACGGAGGCAAUGUGCAGGAUAUCUUAAAGAGAUCACAGAACUCACUUAUCAUCUCGAAGAGGAACAGUACGUGACUGACCUGUCUUCACAGCUCAGAAGCGUGUUGCAGGAUAUGAAGGCCCAUGUUCCACAGGAUAAAGAUCUUCCACUGACCUUUUCUCCAAGGAAGAGAAAAGCUGAGAUGGACAUGGACCUCAUUCCAACCAAGAAUGCAUCACACCCUUUCAUAGAUGGGUUAGAACAGCAUACAGAGGACAUAGUGAGUGUGGAUACCUUGUUGGCAUUGAGCCUAGGGCUGAGGACCGAGUGUGUGGGUCCUUCCACAAAUUGAGUAUAUUUUGGGUAGUGUAACUUUGAUUUCAACUAAUAUUAGCAUUCUGUCAACACAACUUGAUAAGGGGAGGGGGGGGUCAAGAGGGGGAUGCAUUCUUAGUGCAGGUUAGUUUUGAAUGUUGUUCCGGAGGCAGCGCUGCGGAGUGCUCACUAGCUGGCACAGUCAUAAAAGCUGAUUUUAAACCUAAUUGUUAACCACACUGCUAACCCUCAUUUCUAACCUUAAAUUUGCUUUUUGAUCUUAACUUGUGUUUGUAUGAUUUCUGACAACACAGUGUGUUCGGAAAGUUUUCAGACACCUUCCCCUUUUUUUCCACAUUUUGUUACAUUACAACCUCAUUCUAAAAUGGAUUUAUUUGUUAUUUUCCUCAUUAAUCUAUGCACAAUACCCCAUGACGACAUCACAAUACCCCAUGACGACAUCACAAUACCCCAUGACGACAUCACAAUACCCCAUGAUGACAUCACAAUACCCCAUGAUGACAUCACAAUACCCCAUGAUGACUAAGCAAAAACAGGUCUAGAAAUGUUAGCAAUUAUUUUAAUUUUGUUAAUAAAAAUGGAAUAUUACAUUUA